AUGGUGCAAAUGAACGGUACCCAUGUCGCCAACAUUCACAAGUUAGCAGGUCAAGAAGAAACACGACCAACUGAUCCAGAUUUUUGCUUCUUCUUCUUCUUCUUCUCAUGUCUCCUCUCUCCCUACUUCGAAUCUUUCUCAGCCUCGCCUCGUCUCGAGAAAAUUGUGUCGCAGUUUUCUUAUUCCCGUCGCUUACUAAUUCAGGAACGAAGAUUGAAGCGAGAGAGAUCGAAGCAGCAGAUAGAUGCUGAGACUUCUCUGCUUCCGCAGCUGCUGAAAUUCAUGCCAGUUCUGUUUGUGGGUCGGGUGUGGACGAGAAUGAUGGAACUCACGGAUGAGAAGGAAAAGGCCAAGGUCGAUCAUGCAGUUCUUGCGGCUGAAGAGCGCAGGAAGAAAUUGAUUUGGGAUCGGAGAAUCGCAAUGAAGCAAGCAAUGAUUGAAGAAGAAAAGCGUAGUAGGUUGAGCAAGCUGCAAAUUCACAAGACCUGGCGUAGCAUCAUGCGAGAGCACUCCAUUCAAGAGCUUAGGGGUGAUAUCAAGUGGAUGGCCAAGAAGCAUCUCAAAGAGGUUGAAAAUAAGGAUCGCCGUAUUCACACUUUGCUCAAAGCAUUAGAGGAAUCAGAGACCCAGCAUCUUAAAGCAACGAGUAGCCACUUCGUUAUGCUGGACCAGAUGAUAAACGUUCACGAUGUCCGAUUACAGUCUAUGGAACACCAAUUUCAAGCGCAGCUUCAGAAUCUCAACCAGAGCUUCUAUGAUGAGCGUGAUCAAAUGACACAGGACCUCAUUGGAACGAAAUGGGACAUGGAGGCUAUGGUUAAAAAUAUGAAGGCACUUUUCGAUGAAGAGACAGUCGAGAAGAGGCAAGAGUUUGAGGCAUUCUUAAAAGACUUUGAGGACAAACGAAAAGAAAGCAAUAGCGUUAUGAAGAUGAUUUACGACUCAAAGACAGAAGAGAUGGAGCGUGCCAUCGAGCGGAGACACCAUGAUUUUAUUAAGCAAAAUAAAGCUAAGCAGGAAGUAUUCAAGGAGCUGACAUUCAAAGACGAGAAAACAUCGGAGCUUUGUGCUAAGCGAAUGCGGGAGCUUCUCACUCUCCAUGAAAAGACAUCGUGCAUGGUGAAAGCAAUGCAAAUCAAAGGCAAGGAAUGGGACGAUACUAACAAGCAUCUUGUCGAUGAAUAUCGGACAUUACAUGAGCAUAUCAGAAAGAUCAACCGUCAUCUAAGUAAAAUUGCUCAAACGGAACACGAUGACCUUAAGAGAACAUCACUAUUUGUUAAUGAAGCCACACAAGCCUUGAACAAAGUUUUGGCGUUUGGGCGUGGACUACAAACACUAGCUCGUCUCAACAGAAAGUUGGAGACAGAACAUGAACAAAUUUUUCCCUUCAAUCCGCUGUAUGAAACCCCUCUUCCUUUGGCACCUCUGGAGAGCUUUGAUGAAGAACUGGUCUAUGUGGCAGAUGAGAAAACGCCAAUUGAAGAGCCCUCACCUCCAACAUUACCCACAUUUCACUGGUCAACACAUGCAGUGGAUGACACUGGAAAUGAAGUUGAAGAACUCGACUGUUUGAAAAAAUUUCAGAAACGUUACAAUAAGGCAAUGUUGGAUAAGUUGGCUCUGCAGCUUGAGAGGCGGAAACUCGUGUCUGAAAAUCAACGUUUGCAUCUACUCGUUUGCAGUUGACCGAAUCUUUAUCGAUUCACUUUCUCUCAGAAAAUCCACGAUCUCUAAGAAAAAACCUAAGGCUUCUCCACCAGUGGAAUGAUUCCUUUCUGUGUCAACGGCUUCUGAAAGGCUAUGGGCUAGUUUUGCUCAAGCUGGACGUUACCAAUUUAAGGUUUUGAAUUAUUCUGAGAAAUUUAGCUGCGAAAGCCAGUCUGACAAUUCUGUUUCGGUGUCAGUGGUACAAGGAUAUAUGUAGAUCCUCAAGUUUUCACGUUGGAUCAUUUUGAUUUCUGGAACAGCGGAAAAUUCUAGUAGCUUUUGUUGGUCGAAUGUGGUAAUAGAACUGCCAUCAGUAUAACCACGCAGAUUUGCAAGUUGAGGCUUCAGUGAGUCAGUAACCUGUUGUCCCUAGUCAGUGUUCUUAGCCACAUAUGGUGCAUAAAUGUGCACAUAGUCUUUGUAUACACGUGGCUGUUGGCUUUAUCUUUUCUUUUCUUCC